UGUAUUUAAAUUGCUAUCGUUAUUCCUUGCGUCUUCUCGCUUGAAUCUCAUUAAUUCUAAUCUAAAAUAAUUUAUUCAAUGAGCAUUGAGCGGCAAUUGAAACUGAUUUUGAGUGAAUAGAUAAAAUAGGCUAAAAGAUUAUCCCGAGAUUUAUUUGGUCAAACAAAUUGAAGCAGAUAUUUGACCGGUAACCUAAACGGUCAUUCAGAGAGAGAUCAACUUGAGCCGGUCAGCAGUCUAUAAUCUAAUCGAUCCUCAUAAUCUCAAAGGCGAUUUGAUACAGCGCGAAUUAAAUUCACCGCAGUUGUAAACGGUAGUGCGAAGCGCAUAAACGUAUUUAGAAGUUGUGAAACUAUGAAGAAAAUUGUGAUUUUCGGUGCUACCGGCAUGACCGGUCUUUGUGCUGUGGAGGCGGCAUUAAAAAAAGGUUUAGAAGUCCGCGCAUUCGUCCGCGACCCAUCCAAACUGCCAGAUGACAUCAAGGAUAAAGUGGAAGUGUUCAAAGGUGACAUCCUCGAACCAGACUCAGUGGUCAACGCGAUCGAGGGCAUGGAUGGAGUUGUCAUUGCCAUUGGGACCAGAGGCAGCCUGGACCCUACCUCGGACAUGUCAGAGGGAACCAAGAACAUCAUAGAAGGAAUGAGAGCGAAGAACGUGAAGAACGUCUCUGCUUGCAUAUCAGCGUUCUUGUUCUACGAGAUUGACAAGGUGCCGCCUCGGUUUGUGGAGGUCACGAAGGACCAUGAGAGAAUGUUCAUAGAAUUGAAGGACAGUGGACUCAAUUGGAUUGCUGUCUUCUCUCCGCAUAUUUCUGAUGACCCGAGCCGGGAAAUCAUCGUGGAAGUCAACCCGGAGAAGUCUCCGGGCCGCGCCAUAUCUAAAUACGAUCUAGGCAAGUUUCUAGUCGACUCCUUGACUGAAGAAAAGUACUACAAGAGCGUCAUAGGGCUGUGCAAUGUACCACAGCAAUGAUUGUGAACCUAGUUCAAAACGCUUAGGUUGUGGAUGUGUGCGUGAAAGUAUGUGAUGACCCUGAUUUUUCUCUCUCGAUUUCACGAUUAAGCUUUGGUCAAACCGGACCUCGCGCGGGAUGCGGGAUGUUAGUAGCGCAAAAGUAAUAUUUUAUUCAAUGAAAGUGUAUGAAUUUGUUAGUGAUUCUCUCAAAUUUUUGUAGUUUUAACAGUUUCAUUUUAAUGUUUGUAACUAUUGGGCUGGCAUAAUAGAUCAUCUAAACAGCCUCUUAAAAAUAUCAAAUAAUAUAGUCAUUUAAGUAUUCAAAGUGGUUAACACUCAGUGAUAUAAAAACACUACACUU